AUGACUUGGGACCAUGACAGCGUGUGCAAAGACCACGAGACGUCUGCUGCACGCGUGCAUGGCCGUCAACUUGUGUGCUUUCGCCCAAAGUGUCGAUUUCGGCUUACUAAAGCAACAUUAAAGGCACAAGAAGACGAUGUAGAGAUGGCGUGCCACUGCGAGCGCCAAGUGCUGCAGUGCUUCGUGGGCCUACAUCAGCAUACUGACAAUGAGAUGGAUAUGGCUGAAGCAUCAUAUCGGCAGCGUAUUCGAAAGUGGAAUGAGCGGUUUGCCGCCCGUGAUUGGGCGCAAGAGCGGGUGUGUCAGAAAUGGAAGGAGAAUCAAAAGCGCUUUACGAAGCAGCAAGAAAACGUGCAAAAAGACGACACGAUCAGCAGCAAAUCACUGACUACAACAGCCAAAAUGGCGCUUUCUACAUUUGCCUCAGCAGCUGAAGAAUUGCUACACUCGCGUCAGUUUAACGUUUUGUUGAAGGCUGGAGUGUCUCCGCAGCUUCGUGGACAGGUCUGGUGGAUGUGUAGCGGUGCAGCAGAGCUCCGACGUGAAGCGAAAGAAUCGUAUCCAGCUUUGUUGCAUCGAUUACAUACACUGAGCAAAUGUGCAGAAAUGGACAUUGAAAAGGACUUGCCCAGAACCUUUCCUCUUGCGCUUCGCGAGUCAAUGCGGCAAUCACAAGAGUUCUCAGACGAAGACAGCUUUGGUGAACUCCGUCGGGUUUUGCAGGCUUAUUCUCUUCGAAAUCCGACGGUGGGAUACUGUCAAAGCAUGAACUUUUUAGCUGCAGUGUUGUUGCAACAUAUGGGAGAGGAAGAAGUCUUUUGGGUUCUGGCAGCUAUCGUUGAGGAGCUGACACCCCUGUAUCACACACGAACAAUGACAGGCAGCCGUGCAGACCAGCGCGUUUUCUCGGAUCUGGUCACUCAAAAACUGCCUGUUCUAGCGAAUCAUUUGCAAAUGUUGGGCGUUGACUUUGAGCCAUUUACACUCAAGUGGUUCCUAUGCCUUUUUUUAAACACACUACCUUUCGAGCCUGUUAUGCGAAUUUGGGAUCUUUUCUUCUGUGAGGGCAGUCAUGUUUUAUUGCGAGUGGGACUUGUGCUAUUAAAACUAAAUCAGCCUCGCAUCAUGGCGUGUGACGAUGCUCUUGACGUGUACGAAAUGUUUAAAGUAUCGCAUAAAACGUUGCAGGAACUGACGGCUCCGUACCGAUCUGGCCUGCUUAAUCGUGACGAAUGUGUAUGUGAUACGCUGGUUCGGCUUGCAAUGGACAAAUCUUUUCUAGGAACGAUUCCAUUUGAUACGCUACACGAGUUGCGUCAGUUCUAUCGAUGCGAGAUUGAAGCAGAAAUUCAACAAGCUGAAGCGCGAUGCCUGGAACAUCAAUGCAGUACUAGUGCCCAACCGGCAAAUUCCUUAAAUUGCUCCCGCACGUAUCACGAAGAUCGUGCAUUGAUGCUAGAGUAUGACUUUCUGGAUGACUACGCUUGUAGCUCUGGCGCGGAGGUGUCUCCUUCAUUGAAGAUUCGUUUUAUGGAUUUGUAUGACAGCGAUGACUCCAGCGCUGACUACUUCGUUGACGUUAUGUACGACAUUUCUCUUCAACACUGUCGCUAA